GGCACCAUUAGUUUGUAGCAUAUAUCCAUAGCCGUCCAGCAGUUGCUAGCUUUACCCAACAAAAUAUUUGUCACAGUUGCCGUUAGAAAUAAAACGCAGCAGUUAAUUGGUGGAGUAUGGAUGAAUGAUUUUACCCAUGCUAGCGAUGCGUUUGAUAAUGUUGAAUCUCCAAGGAGAGCGUUAGCUAAGUAACGUUAUCCAGGUACCUGCUAACAGCAGUUAGCAUUGGUGGUCUCUGGACGCUCCCUCUCCUUCCUGAACUUUAGUUGUCGGCACUGAACCAAACUUUACUGUUUUAGCGCUGUGUCAGAACCAAGCAGUCCACUCGGCAGCUUCCUGCUUCGUGUUUGAAGAUGGACAAGUUUGUGGUACGGCUUCCAAAGGGGGAAACACCUACAAAAUCGAAGAGCAACGAAAGGGUUUACAAACAAACUACAAUAGAGUCUUUACGGAGGGUGGUUGUGAUUGAGGACAUCAUGCGCUACAAGUGUAUGUUGGAGCUACCAGAACAGAGCAAGGACAAUCUGCUGACUGCGCUGACAGAGCUGAGCAAGAAGAUCCCAUCCCGGGAGGUGCUCAAGUCCACAAAAAUAGGUCACACUGUCAACAAAAUGCGAAAGCAUGUGGACCCUGAGGUGAGUUCAAUGGCAGCAAAGGUUUACACGGACUGGAGGACGUUCAUUGAGGAGAAUUCCAAUAAGCCAUCUAUUGAAGUGCGCUCCGACAAACAAUCUGAAGGACUCAGGAGCAACGCUAGAAGACUAAUGUCUGAAGCCCUGGAGGUCAAGGAGGAUUCUGGUCUCAUAGACAUCAUGGAGAGAGAAGUGUUUCACCAGAGCUCCCGGUUAGUCAGCAGCUCAUAUAGACGGACUGUUAGAGCGCUGGUGUUUGCAUUCAAACACAACGCUGAGAUCAGAACUCAAGUGAAGGACAGCACAAUAUCAGUCAACCAGGUGGUUUCUAAAUACAAGAAGUAACUGAUGAUGAAUAAGGCUUAGCUGCUGACUGCAUAUUGAAGACUUCUGGUUUACAGGAAAUGUGUCAAGGUUUGUUUACUUUUUUACUUUUAUUUUAUUUUAUUGAUUUUCUGUAAAAGAAAUACAAAAUAUUUUUACAUUUUGUGGCACAUCAGUAGCCUUACACUGUUGUUUAGCUGCAUGUAAUUCAUUGGUUGUUGGUGGUGAUCAUAAUGCUGAAAUCAUGUAUGAAUUUUCUGUUGAUAGAUUCUUUGUUUUUAUACUGUUGGUGAACAUUUUUAUACAAAAUGUGAUUUUAAAACAGCUUCAGCUUUGGGGUCCUUUCUUUGUUGGAUAAAACUGUACAUACAGUAUAUAUUACUACAGCAACACUAGCCAAACAAUAGCUAUCACCAUGAGAAUAACAGCCAGAACACAGAUGCUAAUAAAGACAAUAUCGCUCAGAUCAUGAGGCUCAGAUUCCUGCUCCCCUGCGUUGCCAGUGCUGUCAUUGUCAGUUUGCUGGGCUUGUUCCUCGAGACGACGCUCCUCUGCUGAAAUGAUGGACACUGAUGCUAUCUUCCGCAGGGCAUCACACUGCACUUUAUAUUCUUGAACAUUCUGCUGCUUCCCAUCAGAGAAAUCGAUGUAGAGUUUGUUUACCAGCAUGGUGAUGUUACGAUGUUUCUGUAAGAGAUCAGGAGUUACGGUAUUAAUAGAA